AUGGUGGCAGUCCAGGCGUUCCCGGCAUUCAACACGCCCAACAGCGUUGAUGUGCAUGGGCAAACCUGUCCGUUGGUGGAUCGCCCGGGACUGACGUGCCCAGUAAUGUGUGUGCAAGAUUUUGCGGAUUGCCCAUCGGCGCUCGCAGUGCCGCAAUGCAAAAACAAUGAGCAGCUCUGCGACGACGGCGCUUGUCACGGGAGCUGCGCGGACGUGGUGAAUCCGUGCCUGUGCGCCUUCGACGCCUCGCAGGUAGCCACUGUGUACAAGGCAUGCCCCGAAUAUACCAACACGGUGACGGUGCCGGCCUACGACCCGAGCAUCAAACAGGCGCAGCUGGAGCUGGCGUGUGCGAUCGAGUGGGGCAUGGUGGGCGCAAACACGACGGUUGGCAUGGGGUCGGGCGUGGCGGAGUGGUCGGUGGAUGCACGCGACAAGAUGGUCUGGGAUAUGUGCCCGGUGCCGCUGACGGCGCGGCUGACAUACACGGAGAGCUUUUGCCUGGCGUUCUACGGGAUCAUGGGCGCCGAGCUGGUGCUGUUUGCGCUGUGGCAUUUGUAUAAGCGUGUGCGCGAGCGGCAUGCAGUACAGCUGCGGCAGCUUUGCUCGCCACUGCCGACCACAGUGGCAGCCGACGAGAAGACAAUGAGUGAAACCCAGUCCGAGGAGCAGUCCGAGUACACGGUGGGGGAUCUGCCUGAGGGCAUGAUGCUUUUGCGCGGCUUUGACAACAACAUGUUUGGCGCGGGCUUGUUCUAUCUUGCGCUGCUGACGACGGCCGGGUGGGUGGUGCUGCUGGCGGUGAUCGUGUCUGACUACUACGGCAAGGUCACGGGCGGAGUGAAAUACGGAAUGCUGGCCAACUCGGACCAGUCGAUGGCGGUGUUCAUUUUCGUGUGGCAUCUGGCGGCGCUCUGGCUGGCGGGGAUGCUGGCAUGCAUGCACACGGUGCGCAACUACUUCCGCAUCGAGUGCCCGCUGCCGGAGGCACGUGUGGUGCAGGUGGAGGAGCGCCGCGCGGAGGUGGUGAUGAUGGAGGGCAGCGAGAACCGGCUCACGGCGUUGGCGAACCGGGUGCGCAAUAAGCUGGUGGGACGCCUGCGCCUGGACGUGCUGGCCGAGUCGUGUCCGGCGAACCGGGUCGAAAUCGGCGGCGAGACACGCACGUUCAUCGAGUACCACUGCACGCGCGGCCGGUUCCAGUGCAAUGCAUUCGAUCUUGGCAAUACGCACCGUGCGCUGCUGGCUAGCCGUAACGGCCUCAGCAGCGCGCAGGCGGCGGACAGGGCGUCGCGGAUUGGUGUAAACUACAUCCACGUGGCGGUGCCCGUCGUGUUCAGCUACUUCUACCUGUACCAGAUGAUGUGCAUGUGGGUGUGGUUCUACUUCAACUACUUCAAGAUGGCGCUGGUGCAGUUCGGCGUGAUCCUGGUGUCGGCCGUGAUCAAGGUGGUGAUCCGCCUCAAGAGCGAGCGCAAGGUCAAGGCGCUGGCCGAGCACCGCAGUGUGUGCCGGGUCAAGCGCAACAAUGAGUGGCAGGAGAUCGACACGGCGGAGCUGGUGCCUGGCGAUGUGAUUGCAGUGGAGUCAGGCAUGGAGGUCAUGUGCGAUGGCUGUGUGCUGGCGGGCGAGAUCGUUGUCGACGAGAGCUCAUUGACGGGCGAGGCGAUGCCGAACGACACCAUUCCGUACGACGCGUCGGGCUCUGGCAAAACAUACUCACUGUUUGCAGGCACCAAGGUUUUGCAGUGCACAGGCAGCACGUAUGCGUCGCCGUCGCAGUCGCAGCCGACGCUGAUGUCGUCGUCAUCCGAGAUCAAACUGGAGAAGGCUGUAGUCACCGGGACGCCGACCGCGACACUGCAGGAGGGCGAACCUGAAACACAGGUACUGGUGACGGCCACACGCACCCUGACUGACAAGGGCAAGUUGAUCCAGCGGAUCCUGUUCCCGGCGCGCUACUCGUUUGUGUUUGACGAGCAGCUGCGCGUGGCUCUGCUGAUUCUGCUGGCAUACGGCGGCGUGGCAUUUGCGCUGACCAUCUGGCUGAUGGGCCACGACGUCACGUCGUGGUUCUAUGGCGUGUUUGUGAUCUCCGAGAUCAUGUCGCCGCUGCUGCCGGCCGCGCUGGUUGUGGGCCAGUCGGUGGCUGCCGACCGCCUGCGUCGCGCCAACAUCUUCUGUGUGGACCUGCCGCGCAUCAUGAUGGCCGGCAAGGUGCAGGUGUUUUGCUUUGACAAGACCGGCACCCUGACCAAGGAGGGCCUGGAGUACUUUGCAGUGCAGGAGAUCUCCGAUGGGCGCUUCCAUGGCGAGGAGCAGGACAUGGCAAGGCUGCCUCACGUGACGCAGGUCGGCUUCGCCUCGUGCCAUGCCGUGACUAUGGUCGGUGACAAGCUCAUUGGCAAUCCGGUCGAUGUCGAGCAGUUCCGCGCGACCGACUGGGAGAUCCUGGCUGGCACCUGCGAGGACCACCUGGACACGCUGAUCUCGCCGUUCCUCGAGAGCCACGCGGGCGGAAAGGAGAAGCGCAAGACCGUGCACGUGAUUAAGCGCUUCGAGUUUGCCCAUGCGCGCCAGUCGAUGUCGGUGGCGGGCUCGUUUGAGCGCCUGAAGCGCAUGGCCAAGUCUGCGUCGGUGCCCGGCAACUACGACGCAGUGACGGCCAAGUGGGCCAAGGAGGGCUGCUAUGUUCUGGCGCUGGCGCACAAGGACCUGGGCGAUGUGGACGUGAACACGCUGACGCGCGAGCAGAUGGAGGGCGAGUGCGAGCUGGUGUCCCUGCUGCUGUUCCGUAAUAAGCUGAAGGAGGACACCGAGUCUGCGAUCAUGGAGCUGAAGGCUGGUGAUACGCGUGCGGUGAUGAUUACCGGCGACACGGCGCUGACCGGUGUGUAUAUCGCGCGCCAGUGCAGCAUGAUCAGUCCAACCGCGCGCGUGUUGCUAGGUGACAUCGAGCAGGGGCGGCUGGUGUGGCGCGACACCGUCACCGACGAGGCUGUGGAUGCCGACAAACUGCUGCAUGAGGAGCGUGCUGCACGCGACGAGGCCGAGCGCGCGCUAUUUGACGUGGUGGCGAAGCGCACGCCGCUGGUGGAGCUGGCGGUGACUGCCGCUGCCUUCGACUACCUGGUUGAGGCCGGCAAGAUCCGGCAGUACCUGCUGGACAUCCGGAUCUUCGCACGCAUGACGCCGCAGGGCAAGGUCGACUGUGUGCAGUUGCACAUGGAGCGCUGCGUGACGGCAAUGUGCGGCGACGGCGGCAACGACUGCGGAGCGCUGCGUGCUGCCCACGUGGGGUUGGCGCUGUCCGAGUCCGAGGCAUCGAUUGUGUCGCCGUUCUCGUCGAGCAACCGGUCGAUCCACUCGGUCGGGCGGCCCUGGCAACGUCCGUUUGCCGGCUACAAGUUCCUGAUCAACUACGCCACGACCAUGUCGAUGCUGGAGCUGACGCAGUUCUACUUCUCUGUGAUUGUGCCUGAAGCCGUGUGGAUCAUGGUCGAUUCGUUUAUUGCUGUGGGUCUCUGCAUUGCCGUGACGCAGGCGCAGACUGCGCGCAAGCUGGCGCCGAGCCGGCCCACCGCGCGUCUUCUAGGCGCCCACACGUUGGCGUCGAUCUGGGGCCAGACCGUGAUUAACUAUGCGUUCUUGUUCGGCAUGCUCGGCCUUCUGUACCGCCAGUCGUGGUUCCGCUGCCACGAGUUCGAUAGCCGCGACAUCGACACCAGUCUGUGGUGGCUGCUAGGUGACAACUACGAGGCCGAGAUUAUCUCGAUCGUCUGCCUGUUCCAGUUCAUCAACGGUGGCGCCGUGUAUAACUUUGGCUACAAGUACCGCCGUGCCUGGCUGACCAACUACCUGAUGGUUGUCAUGUACUUUGGCAUGCUGGCUGUGGGAUACCCGAAGCCCUCGUGGAAUGUCUCGGUGUACAACAGCCCGAACGGCCACAAUAUCCUGCCCUGGGACUUCCGCUGGACCCUGUGGGGAUGCUGUCUGGCAAAUAUCGUGCUGUGCAAUUUGUACGAAAAGUUUGUGAUUCCUGGGUCCUGUUGGUCGGGUGGUCAAGAACUGGUGGAUUAA